AUGGGCCAACCCCGAGUCCAACGCGCCACUGCCACGGCCCUGGCCUGCCCGGGGCCCGUGACGAGCCAGGAUAUUUAUGUCGACGCCAAUUCAGUUCCCUCCUCGAUCCCCUCUUCCUCUCCGGCCUUUCGAGGGAAGCUUCAAGAGCUGCCCGUUGAUCAGGUCCACAACAAGAGUCUUGCCCGGAGCUCCCCUCUGUACGCCCAAGCCCCCGACUCAUUCCUCACCAAAGACGUCGAGGGCGGCACCGUCAAGUCCAGAUCCUCCCUAUCCCGCGGCUUUCGACGCCGCCCCCAAGUCGACUCGGACACCUUUGAGCCUUUGGAUGUGGUUUUGGAAGAAUCGACCCUUUUGUCCAUUCCAAAGUCUGCUGCGACCGUGGGCUCGCCCUCGUCGCUCAGCCAGCAGUCACGCAGAUGUCAGUUCCUUUGCCAAUUCCAUAAGCACCUUCUCCAGUCUCAUAUCGGUCCUUUGCGCACCCGCUCGCUUGGUCUAUCACGACAUACUGACGUAGUUUGGGUAGUAAUCAACGACGAGAACCAUCCAUUGUUGAACUUCAAGGUUGAAGAGUCACCUCACCAACGGUACCAGGACCACUUGGCAGGUCAGUUCGACUGGCUACUAGCCUGCCCGGCACCAGUUGGCUACGCCAGCGACCACGGCUCCUCCGACGAUGGCGAGAACGAGACCAAGGUCUAUGGCUGCAACUUGCUGUCGCGCGAAACCCUCCCUAAUUCCUCCGCCAUUCCUUCGACUGACACAUUCUCGCUUCUAGCGACUCCCUUGACCCUCACUGAAUGCUCAUCCUUGGGCUUUGAUUACUCCCAGCUACUGGACCAUCAGCUCAACAUGUCGUUGGUUCCUCCGCCACUCUAUGAGUCUCACCAAAACCCACCACUAAAAGUACCUGAAGUGGUGGAGGUGAGGGAACAGGCCGUCUCGCCGUCGCUCACAUUGAUAAGUGAAAGGAGCAGUAGUUAUAGCAACUCUUCAAGGAACGGGUCCUUCUCGAUACCUCGCAUUGAAGACUCCCUCGAAGAGCUCGACAAGCUCGAGGAUGAGCUUGAGGCUAUCGAUGCUGUAACUCAGCCAAGGCGAAUUGCCUCGCCGGUCAAUGGCAGCUCUAGCAGCAAGCAUCUUGAGCCACCGUCCACGAGUAAGAAGGCAACCAUCUCAAAGAGGGUCUCGAUAGCCGGCAUGUCUGCUACAGUUCGCGUCAAGCCAUCCGCAAAGUCGGCACCAGCGCUUCGUCGAUCGACCUCCCUUGUGUUCCGCGAUAAGAAGCAGGAUGAGGCACCAGAAGGUGCACCCAAGCUCAGAUCGCAGCCUUCGCGAGGUCGACUUUCCAUCUCUCAGUCCGCUUCGCUCCAUGCACCCAUCAAGUCGACCAAGCCCCCAACUGUUCCCAACUUUGAGCUUCCUGGCGAGGCUGUUGCUCGACGGCUCAAGGAACAGCGUGAAGCUCGCCGUGCCCAGGCUGAUUCUCAGAAAGCUUAUGUGCCUCCUCCGAGACCCAAGUCUAGUAAGCCACCCACCAAGGCCAACUUUGAGCUUCCAGGAGAAGCCUUUUCCCGCCGGAAGCGAGAGGAGCGUGAAGCCCGUCUCAAGGCGCAGGAGGAAGAGGAGCGAAAGAAGCGCGAGUUCAAGGCAAGACCCGUGCGUACUAGUAUUACGCCGGCUAGCAUUCCGCGAGAGACAAUUGCUAGCCUAGCCCGCCAGGGCAAGCUUCCUCAAGAAGAUGAUGGAGCAAAGCAUGAGAACAAAACGAAGCGAUUGUCAGUUACAGGCUCACGAGCGGUCCCUCCUUCAGAGGCCAAGCCAUCCCAUGGCCGCGGCCGACUUUCUACCGCAACAUCACGCGAGGAUCUUAGCAGGGGCACCUCGACUUCCGGAGGAAGUGCCAGCGGAAAGCGGGCGACGCUCACUGCCGAGGAAGCGCACCAACUCAAGCUCCGCGGUAAAGAGAUCUUUCAGCGAGACAACACCAGCUUUCAACGUGAUAGAGAGCGAGAGAAACGAGAGCGUGAGGCUGCUACUCGGUUGGCGCGCGAGCAAGCGGCAGAACGCUCUAGGAUCGCGAGUCGAGAGUGGGCAGAGAAGAAGAAGCGCAAGGAGCAGCAGGCUUUGAGAGAUGUCUUGAGGGAUGGGUCGCAAGACCAUUAUAUUGCGUAA